AUGGACCGCCCGGAGCCUGGACUGAUCAAAUGGUCGCAGAUACCCGGCUUCGAUAGCUUUAUCCACAUAAACCUGCAGCAUCGCGUCGUGCAGCUUUAUGAGCCUACCGGACUUGCACAGAGGAACCGCUUCGAUUACACGAGGCUUUCAAAACAUGACGACUUCCCUACACUCACUACGUAUGACUGGUCGCCGACGGUCCCAGGUCUCCUGGCCGUCGGCACUCAGACGGGCGUCGUCAACUUGCUCAGGAUGGACGACAAUUCCAACGCCUACAUCGAACUGAAUCUUAAGAUGACAAGAACUUGUCAGGCAGUGGCAUUCAAUACCGAGGGUCUUCUCGCCGUUGGCUUGGACCGAGUGCGCAUGGACCAGUGUCUACACAUUUGGGACGUCAACAGGUUGUCGACGAUGAAUACGACUGCUAAAGGCUUUCCUAAGGAUCUCCACGCUUUCUCAGACCCGGCAUAUCGACUGGAACACAGCGUGUCAGUGUCAAGUGUAAAAUUCUUUGAAGAUAACCCAAAGACGCUGGUGGUCGGUAUCAAAGCCCAAGGUCUACACAUCCAUGAUCUGCGAGAACCUGGCGCUGUCGUGACCUUUCAGACCAAGUGUAAUAACAACCUGGCCAUCGAUUACGCUGACCAGAACUACUUCGCAUCAUCCGCACUGGACCAACCUGGCAUCAUGAUUUGGGAUAGACGAGCAACGUCUCGGCCGGUUGCUUCGCCAUCGUAUCUGGGCGCAGUUGACGAGGACGGCCUUCCUUGGGGUGGAGCCUUGAGACUCGAUAGAGUGGUUGAGAUGGAUGACGAUUCCUCUCUGAGCGAAAGCAAGCACUCCAUCGUCCGUUCAUUGCGCUACUGUCGAGACCGCCGGGGUCUCCUGGCUGUGCUAUCUCGAUCCGGCCAGCUCAAAGUCUUGGAGACGAAUAAAGAGAUAACGCAUCGCGACAUGGCCCUUGAAGGUAGCCCAGAGCUUCUCGGGGUCCACAAAUCCCACGACAUGGAUGUUCAAUAUGGCGAUAGCGGCAGAAAGAAUGACAGAAUUGUCUCUUUUGACUGGGUGACGCUCGACUCUCCAGUCCUACAGCCUCGUCUCCUUGUCUUACGGGCCAAUGGCACCUUUGAGAUCCUCGAGCAACCAUCGUAUACGUCUGACUAUCUGUACAAGCUGACACCUUGGCAACCACCACAUCGGGGACUGGAAGAAGGAGGACCUUACCACGAGAUUAUGGAGUUUGAGCCGUCCCAGUCUUCUGACAUGCUCGGCCCCUUGUUUGUCGAGGAAGCACUGUCCGACAUUCCUAUCUUCGGCCCCGACAAGGCCGACGUUCAGUCUAUUGUGGAUCAAACAUUGCAGUCAAAGUUCUCCGCAGCAGAUCUCAACAGUAGGUUGACGGGCAAUGCUAACAGCUCCUCGUCGCCCAUCGACAAGUCCAAGUCUACUGCAGAAAAGAUGCGAGCUUUGAGAACGGAACUUAAGGAGAAGGCCAGAAAAGCAGAUACGAACGGCGCCGAAAACCCCAACAUGGAAGAAUCGGUCAGCUCGCUCGCUCAGUUAUCACUAUCUACCGAAGGGCCGGUCUCGUGUCGCCACAUGCAUGAAUCUCUUCUUUCGCUGCCCCUGAAGGCUCAGGACCUGUCAACGGAGGCACAGUGUCUCCUGGACCACGUCAUGCUUCUUCGCGCGAAGGAGAAGUACCUCUUCGAUUGCAACAUCAAUCGUGUUGUGGUAGCCGAUGACCCCUGGUUGCGGUAUAUGUGGGAUUGGAUUUCAGGUGAGCAGGUCGGAUACGCCAGGGUUGUUGCUGUUGCUAAUCAUGAGCAGACGCCGAAGAUGCUGCCGCGGAUGGAGGCAUGA